CCUCAUUUACUCACCACUCGCUUACGUAUACCAAACCCCCUUAAAUGCCUCACUAGCAAAUCUACAACAUUAAUUAAUUAGUAUUUAUGUAUGUAGUUGUGAUUUUUGAAAUUGUACAUAUGGUAAUGACAAAAGAAAGAAAUAAGAGAUCAGAAUUGUAAUCCUAGAAGGCUAGACCAUUGUAAUGGCUAAUAAGAACAUUAUUUUGGUAGUGAUCAUGAUCACCUUCUUGUUAUGGUUUUGUCAGUUAAGUAGUACUAGUGUAUCAUUUGCAUAUCCCCUUGUCCCGGCCAUUUAUGCAUUUGGGGACUCCUUAGCCGAUGUGGGCAACAACAAUUACCUCGUCUUUUCUGUAGUCAAAGCAAAUUUUCCACACAAUGGCAUAGACUUCCCCACCAAAAAACCAACCGGGAGGUUUUGUAAUGGCAAGAAUGCUAUUGAUCUUCUUGCUGAAAAAGUGGGCUUACCAUAUUCCCCGCCAUAUCUGUCUACCCUAUACAAGUUAGAACAGAGAAGUAAAAAUUUCCUAACAGGUGUAAACUUUGCUUCUGGUGGUUCUGGAAUUCUUAAUCAGACAAAUCAUCAGUAUUCAUUAUGCUUAACAAAACAAGUAAGUAGCUUUGUAAAGGUGCAUGAAGCCUUAAACAAACAGUUAGGAGCCUCCGGCUUGAAUCAACAUCUCUCAAAAUCCCUCUUUGUAAUUGUGACUGGAAGCAAUGACGUGUUCAGCUACUUUGGUUCCGCAGAUUUGCGUAAUAAAACCACAUUGCGCCAAUACAUAAACUCAAUGGUAGUUACUUUUAAGGGACAAGUUAAGCGUUUGUAUAAUCUUGGAGCACGUAAGUUUGUAAUUGUUGGGAUUGGAGUAAUUGGAUGUACUCCAUCUGAGAGGAAAAGUAACAAAGCCGAGCAAUGCAAUGAAGAAGUAAACAGCGUAGCGGUUAGGUACAACGAAGCUUUGACUUCAAUGUUGAAUAGCUUGAAAGUUGAGCAAAAAGGGUUAAGCUACUCGUACUUCGAUGGCUAUAGUGUCAUGCAAAAUGCCAUACACAAAGCAGCUACUUAUGGUUUUUCAGAGGUUAAGGCUGCUUGUUGUGGACUUGGAAAGCUUAAAGCCGAUGUUUACUGUCUGCCAGUUUCAAAAGUUUGCUCCAAUAGAAGCAGCCAUCUGUUCUGGGAUGCAAACCAUCCUACAGAAUCUGCUCAUCGCCUCUUUGUGGAUUACAUUUUUGGUGGCCCUUCACCAUACACAUUCCCACUAAAUGUUAAGCAGCUUAUUUCCACUUAAAUUACAUCUAAUAUUUAACAAUAGCAUGACUAGCUAGUUUAUCAUCAACCUCUUUCUUAUUUUAUGUCAUUAUAUUUUAAUAUUUUUACAUUACUAUUAUCCAUAUAGUACUUUAUAGUUGUAUCUCUCCAUAAUUUACCUAUAGUAAUGGAACAUUAUUGUUAUCAUUGACAAAUAUGUACACCUAAAUUUAAAGUGUGUUUGUUGAUUAGUCCAA